AUGUCUUUACCGGGCAAUGGUAUUUUUGUGGUGCAAGGCGAGAUGGCCAUGCUGGUCACAGCUAUGCGUAGAAGCACUCGGUGGGGCUCACAUUCGUUUCCUAACGAGGAGUAUGACGUGCUCAUGAGAACCUUUCAAGAUUUGAAAACUAUCUUAAAUCAAGUGGAUGAUUUACGCCUCUUGGACCCAGCGACUUACUUAAGCCCUUUCCUAGAAGUAAUCAGAAGUAAAGAGACAACUGGGCCAGUAACUAGCCUUGCUCUAUCAGCUAUACAUAAAUUUCUAUCAUAUGGUCUGAUAGAUCCUACACACCCAAGUGUGCCUGCUACUGUGGAAGACAUAGCUGAUGCCGUGACCCAUGCUCGUUUUGUUGGCACUGAUCAUUCUUCUGAUGGAAUUGUCCUUUUAAAAAUCUUACAAGUGCUUCGUACAUUAAUGCUAAGCCCCGAAGGUGCCAUGUUGACUGACGAGAGUGUGUGCGAGAUAAUGCUUAGCUGUUUUCGCACUUGUUUUGAAACAAGAUUGACAGAGCUACUCCGUCGUAACGCCGAACAAUGUCUACGAGAUAUGACACAGCUCAUAUUCAUGAGGCUGCCGCAGUUCCCACCGGAGGACACCACUACAAACUUUACAACUGUUGGUCUGUCCUUGAAGAGACGAGAUAAAACUGCUAAGAAAAAAGUUACAGCCAAUAGUACAAACUCGUUGGAAAGGAAGUCGUCCAUUACCGAGCAGACGGUUGACAAUGAAGCGGACGCGGACAAGCAGAGCGCUAUUCAAACACAUAAUCAAGAUAAAAACUUGUUGAAUGAAGCAGAAAUAACAAUAGAGCCAGUGGACCAAGUGAAGAGUCCAAAGAAGCACACGCGACACUCCUCCAUGGACCUCGCCAACGGGAACGCGUCCAUCGCGCACAUAUUGGAGAAAUGUGUGAAUAAUGCCGAUACUGAGCAAGCCGGGGAAGUGCACAAGAGUGAGGAAGAUCGGGAAGUGGCGGAAGAAGCUAAAACAGAAGAGCCACAGCCACAAGAGGAGACUCAGAAGGAAAGUGUAGAAAAGUUAGAAGAAUAUGUGAAUCACAGAGGAAUAAGAUUCACACCUCAAGAAGAAUCACUAAAUUUGCAGCCAUAUGGACUUGUUUGUGUAAGAGAGUUGUUCAGAUUCCUGAUCUCCCUGUGCAACCCAUACGACAAGCAGAACACCACGGACAUGGUGCAGCAGGGGCUCAGCCUGGUGGCCACGGCGCUGGAGGUGGGCGCCGACCACAUCGCCGACUGCCCCUCGCUGCUCUACCUGGUCAAAGAUCCGCUGUGUAGGAACCUCUUGAGUUUACUUGACACGGAAAGGAUACCAAUAUUUGCUAUAGAUUUACAAAUAUGGUUCCUCCUUUUCGAAGCGCUCCGAGUCCACCUAAAGUAUCAAAUGGAGGCGUUUUUCAAGAAAAUCAUAGAAAUAGUAUCGGCAGACACGACUAAAUCCAUCUACGAACUGAAAGAGAUCCACCACAUCGCACUGGAGAAUCUAGCCCAAAUGUUUAGAAUACCUGGAUUGUGUACAGAAUUAUACUUGAACUACGACUGCGAUAUAUAUUGCACUGACGUAUUUGAAGAGCUGGCGAAAUUGCUAUCCAAAAACGUGGUUUCCUCGACCGCCUACAACAUCCACACGGUGUCGCUAGAAGCGAUACUGACGAUUAUAGAGGCGAUAGAGAUGGGCACAAUGCAGAAGGAGACGGAGAUAGUGGAAGAGAGGGACAGAGAGGUGGAGUCGCGCCACGUGACGCUGGAGCUGGGCGGGCUGGACGACGCGUCGGUGGUGAGCGACCUCGUCACCCACGACAUCAGCCAGUACGUGGGCGGCGGCCGCCACGGCAGGCCGCGCGCGCCCGCCGACCUGCCCUCGGAGGCCGAGCUCGACCAUGUCAGGGAUAUGAAGAAGUGGGUAACCCAAGGCACAGAGCUGUUCAACCAGAAACCCGAACGUGGUAUUGAGUACCUGCUGGAGCAUGGAGUGUUCAGCUCUCCCCUGGACCCACACCAAGUUGCUCUGUUCCUCAGAGAAAAUCCCGAUUUGGAUAAGAAAAUGAUUGGCGAGUACAUCUGCAAGCGGUCGUCGCGCGAGGAGGAGCGCGGCGCGAGCGUGCUGGGCGCCUUCGCCGACAGCUUCCACUACGCGGGCCUGCGCCUGGACCAGGCGCUGCGCCUCUACCUCGAGGCCUUCCGCCUGCCCGGCGAGGCGCCCCUCAUAUCCCUCGUCAUGGAGAAGUUCGCUGAGAGGUGGCAUACAACCAAUGGAGAACCAUUCGCGAAUACAGACGCAGCGUUUCGGUUGGCUUACGCAGUUAUAAUGCUGAACGUGGACCAACACAACAACAACGCGAAGAAACUCAAUCCGCCAAUGAACGUUGAAGAUUUUGUUAGGAAUUUACGAGGAUGCAACGGUUCCGGCGAUUUCGAACAGUCCAUGCUCGAGGCGAUAUAUCAUUCUAUCAAGAGCGAGGAGAUGGUGAUGCCGGCGGAGCGCGUGGGACCGGUGCGCGACGCGUACCUGUGGCGCGCGCUGCAGCGCCGCGGCCGCCGCGCGCACUACCGCGCCGCGCCGCCGCUGCCGCACGCGCUGCACGCGCGCCUGCUGCCGCCCGCCGCGCCGCCUCUGGUAGCAGCGCUGUCGGCCGCUUUCGAGCGGUCGUCGCCGCCCACGGCGGAGGAGGUGAGCGGGAACGCGCGCGACAGCGCGGCGCUGCAGGCGCUGGCGGGGCUGGAGCGCUGCGCGGCGCUGGCGGCGCGCCUGGCGCCCGCCACGCUCAGCGUGGACACGCUGCUGCUCACGCUGUGCAAGUUCACGGGCCUGCUCACGCCGCAUCACGCUUCUUAUAUAGCUAUUGGCGUGUCGCUGGGGCAGUCCCGCAAGGCGCAGCUGGCGCUGCGGCGCGCGUGCGCGGUGGCGGCGCGCCACGCCGACUGCGUGCGCGACUCCUGGCGGCACGUGCUCGAGAUACUCACCACGCUCUUUAUUGGACGACUCUUGCCUAAGUGCCUCGUGGAAGCAGAAGAUUAUUUAGCCCCCGGAGGCACAGUUUCGCUGAUACGCGAGGUGGCGCGGGGCUCUGACAGCGGGUUGCUUUCCAGCAUAUACUCUUAUAUAGCACUCGGGGAGAGCUCAAUUCGAGCGCCAACGCCCCAUGAAAAGACGUUGAUAGACGCGGCCACCGAGUGCGUGGCGCAGUGCAACUUCCCCGGCCUCCUCAUCACGGAGACCAAGUUCCUGCAGCUGGAGAGCUUACAGGAACUAAUCCGCGCCAUGGUGGCGGCGGGCGCUCCCCCGGACUCGGAGAGUGUUCAGAUGAAUCCACAAUUGGAGGACAUCACUAUUUUCUUUUUGGAGCUGUUAGUGCAAACACUAAUUCAGAAUCGCGACCGCGCGAUGUCGGUGUGGGCGCUGGCCGGGCCGCACACGGAGCGCGCGGUGCGCUGGGCGGGCGCGCGCGGGGCGCCGGCGCUGGCGCGCGCGCUCACGGCGCUGCUGCGGCUGGCGGCGCGCCUCAUGCGCUGCGAGGCCGCCGCGCCCGCGCUGCUCGCGCACCUCACGCUGCUCUACCGCCUGCCCUACCGCCUCUUCUACCAGCAGGCCGAUGUGAUCUCGUGCGGGCUGUACGAGCUGGUGAAGACGUCGGCGCAGAACGUGCACAGCGCGCAGGAGUGGGGCGUGCUGCUGUCGCUGCUGGCGGCGGCGGGCGCGGGCGCCUGGCCGCGCCGCCCGCCGCCCGCGCGCCCCGGCCAGCUCACGUGUUCAAGUCGGUCAGAGGGUUCAGAUGAUGAAAAUGAGAGACAACCGACUAGCAUAUCUUCAGAAAGUGAGCUCUCGCAUUCUCCACAGACGCAAGGAUGGAUAUUGGUGAAGAAUUGCGCGUCGUCGGUGACGGAGACGGUGGAGCUGGAGCCGGAGGCGGUGUCGCUGCGCGCGCACCGCGCGUCCGCGCUGGCGCGCUGCGCCGAGGCGCUGGCGCUGGUGGUGCGCGACGUGGCGCACGUCACGCCGCACAGCUGCCGCGCCGCCGUGCGCUGCGUGCGCCUGCUGGCGCGCGCCACGCUGCAUGCCGGCAAAACCAGCAGGAACAGUGAUGAGCGGUCGCGCGGGCGCCGCCGCCGCAGCGACUCCAGCGACGAGGAGCUGGACUCGCUCGACCACUACCAUAUGGUCAGCAUUCAGUUAUUGGACUUAAUGCACACUCUACACAGUCGCACUGCGCAGAUAUUCAAAUGGUGGAGUGAUGAAGCUGAUCAGGGGCAAGCUGAAGAAUAUGACUUGUGGGAGGUGGCUUGGAAGCCGCUCUUACAAGGCAUCGCAGAGUUCUGUACGGACAGUCGGAAAGAGGUGGCGAACAGCGCGAUAGCGUACCUGCAGCGCGCGCUGCUGGCGCCGGCGCUGGCGGCGCUGGGCGGCGCGGGCUGGGAGGCGUGCUUCCAGCACGUGCUGCUGCCGCUGCUGCGCGCGCCGCCGCGCCGCGCCGACGCCGCCGCGCGCGCCGACACCGUGCUGUGCAAGGUGUUCCUGCAGCACCUGGCCGCGCUCAGCGCGCGCGCCUCCUUCGCCGCGCUGUGGUGCGCCGUGGUGCGCGUGCAGCAGGCGCUGCUGGCCGCGCCCGCCGAGCCGCUGCGCGAGGCCGCGCGCGAGUCCCUCAAGAACAUGCUGCUCGUCAUGCACUCCGUUAAGAUAUUCAGUAACGGCGAUGGCUACAAUGAGCUGUGGUACAUCACUUGGGACAUUAUUAAUGAAUUUUUACCCAACUUAAAAGAAGAAUUAUUCCCUGAAGCAAACGACAAUAUGAAGCAAACAUCGCAGUCUCUUCCAACCCAAGUACCAAAUAUCCCCCUCAUCCCCAUCAUGCCGGUCAACAGUACGAACGUUCCCAAUCAAUUACCAAACACCAAUAAACAGCCAAUACAAAUACAAACAACACAACAAAUCCAACAACAGCCAAAUACACAACAAACCCACCAACCAAUACAAAUAGUAAACGUCCAACAAUCCCAACAAUCCCCACCAUUACAAAGGCCCGUCCAAUCCCCAAAUAUUCUAGUGGGUCCCAAUAUGGGCCAACCCCCAAUAGUAACCCCCAUAGCAGUAAGUGCGACCCCCAUGGGUAAAGUAUCACAGCCGGUAAGCGGCAUGGUGCCCAUACGAAACCCCUUGUACGACCAGACCGGCCUCACGUCUUCUGUUUUACUACAGCCUUUGAAUGAGAUGAUCUCAACACCGAUCGGCAUAUCCAUACAGACUCAGCCACCGACCCUGUAUCGGGAGAAAACCAAUGAAACCAGCGAGACCAAGGAGACCAAUGAGAACAACGAGAUCAACGAGACCAACAAGACCAGCCCCAACUCUGACGUGAUAGAACCACAAACGGACCUCUAUAACGAGUACAUAACAAAUCCCUACAACGAAAUCAAGGAGAUAUCAGAAAAAGACGCCACUUUAUACGACCCGGAGGAACAAAAGGUGGAUAUAACGCCAGAAACUCGACUUUUAUCCCAAAAAUCGUUAAGUGCAAAUGUGACACCUAUGCAUAGUAAGAAUAAAGCUCAAUUCGGAUCAACAGAUAAUGUGAGAGAUUCAAGCAUUUUCAAUUUUUCUAGUUACUUCGGAUCGGUCAAUGAGAAGGGCGUGUCUGAUUUCGAUGCACUAAUGUCCACGCAAGAGGGA